GGUUCGUUUUUCACGACGAGCCCUAACUACUGGAGGUUUGGAAGAACGGAGAGGAGAUCUGCUCGACUAGAGGCGGCAAUGGCGUCGGCAGCAAGCAGAGUCGGAGGGCGCGGCGGUGGGUUGUGGGAUGGGUUGUACCGCGUUCUGAUGCGCCGCAACUCCGUCUAUGUCACAUUCAUCGUGGCUGGAGCCUUUGUCGGAGAACGGGCUGUUGACUAUGGUGUUCACAAGCUUUGGGAAUAUAAUAAUGUUGGGAAGAGAUAUGAAGAUAUUCCAGUAUUGGGGCAAAGGCCGACAGAAUGAUAUCCUUAUCGAAUCCUAAAUUCUUUACGAGUAUGCUAAAGGUUGCACAACCUUAUUGUAGUAGCCAUACUUUUGUCUUUCUGCAAUUGAAUAAUAAGCUACUCUUCAAAAUGUAAAAGUUAAUUUCAGAAUACCCUGGAUAAUUUUGUGCCAUUGAAACAGAUUAUCAUGUUUUCCCUUUGAUCA